GUCGCUACCAAGACACGUUCAGUGUCUUAAGUACAACAUACAGCCAUCUGUGUUAUUUUGUGCCGGGUUUGAAGGAGCCGGGUGUUAUCUACUAAAGGUUAAAAAAUUGCCAAAAGAUGACCGUCACGCCGGAGAACGUCGUGGCCCAAAGUGGCACCUGGGGCGCCACCAGCUUAUUCUAUAUACUGCUGGUGCCAACUAUAAUACUCUGGUACGCAUACUGGAGGAUGUCGCGCCGACACAUGUACGCUCUGGCCGAGAAGAUUGGGGGCCCUAAGGGAGUACCCAUUUUGGGAAACGCGCUGUAUUUCACCGGUGGUUCACAUGAUAUAUUUAAGACCAUAAUAGCAAAGAGUAACGAGUUUGAUAACGAGGCAGUAGUCAAGCUAUGGAUUGGACCUCGUCUUUUAAUUUUCUUGUACGACCCCCGUGACGUUGAGCUCAUCUUGAGCAGCCACGUUCACAUCGAUAAGGCAGAAGACUAUAGAUUCUUCCAGCCUUGGCUUGGCAAUGGACUUCUCAUCAGUACUGGCCAGAAAUGGCGCUCGCAUCGCAAACUGAUCGCGCCCACUUUCCACUUGAAUGUCCUGAAGAGCUUCAUCGACCUGUUUAAUGCUAAUUCCCGCGCAGUCGUUAACAAACUCAAGAAGGAAUCUGGAGUUUUCGACGCUCACGACUACAUGAGCGAAUGCACCGUUGAAAUUCUUCUAGAAACUGCUAUGGGAGUUAGCAAGAGCACUCAGGACCAGAGUGGUUUCGAAUAUGCCAUGGCUGUAAUGAAAAUGUGCGAUAUUCUGCACUUGAGACACACCAAGAUUUGGCUGCGGCCGGAAAGUCUGUUCAAACUCACGUCAUAUGCCAAGAAUCAAAGCAAACUCCUUGAUAUUAUCCAUGGCUUGACAAAGAAGGUUAUCAAGAGGAAGAAGGAGGAACUGAAGAAUGGCAAAACACCGACUAACCUGGCUGAGACUGCUGAAUCUAACUCUACAGAAACUAUUCCUAACAAAGUUACAUCUGUCGAAGGUCUCUCCUUUGGUCAAUCGGCUGGACUCAAGGACGAUCUGGAUGUUGAAGAAAAUGACGUUGGUCAGAAGAAACGUCUUGCUUUCCUCGACUUACUUCUAGAAAGCUCUCAGAGUGGAGUUGUUAUCUCAGACGAAGAAAUUAAAGAGCAAGUUGACACUAUCAUGUUUGAGGGUCACGAUACCACUGCCGCUGGUAGCAGCUUCUUCCUGUCUAUGAUGGGUAUCCAUAAUGAUAUUCAAGACAAAGUUAUUCAAGAACUCGACCAGAUCUUCGGUGAUUCAGAUCGUCCUUGUACUUUCCAGGACACACUUGAGAUGAAGUAUCUCGAGAGGUGUCUCAUGGAGACACUUAGGUUGUAUCCACCAGUGCCAAUCAUCGCUCGUCAUUUGAAACAGGACAUUACUCUUCCAUCAAAUGGCAAGACACUACCAGCGGGUUGCACAAUCGUCAUAGGUACAUACAAACUACACCGUCGCGCGGACGUGUACCCGAACCCUGAAAAAUUCGACCCUGACAAUUUCCUACCCGAGCGUUCUGCCAACCGCCACUAUUAUGCAUUCGUGCCAUUCUCUGCUGGCCCUAGGAGUUGCGUCGGUCGCAAAUACGCCAUGCUGAAACUCAAGAUCAUACUGUCGACCAUCCUAAGAAACUUCCGCGUCCAUUCCGACCUUACGGAGAAAGAUUUCCAACUGCAGGCUGACAUUAUCCUCAAACGAGCUGAAGGUUUCAAGGUCCGCUUAGAACCCCGUAAAACAAUGGCCAAGGCAUACUAAGCCUCCUAAUACUAGUACCUUUAAUAAUGUAUACAUUCUAGUAUUAAGACAAAUUGUGCUUGUGAUACCUAGUAACAUACUUACU